AUGGACUCUCGGCGCAUGGCACCAGAGCUCGCGGCAAUGCCAAAGCCAGUCACAAAGACAGGCUCGACAUUCUUGAACCGCCCAUUCGCCGAGUUGAUCGCCGACCGUAGUGCGGAUCUGGCAGAAUUGAAAGUCGAACUGAGUUCAGCCAGAGACAAGCUCCACAUGGACGACAUAGCCCUCGUGCGCUACCUGUGUGGGUUUGGCAGUGUCCAGAACAGCUGUGCGGCCAUCCGAGCAGCCGCGCAUCUCAACACCAUCAAGGCAGACCUGCUGCAAUCAGCCGAAGUUGCCGAGCCUUACCCCCGUGCGAACAGGAUUGCGCCAUAUUCGCAAUUUCACCUUUGGGAAUCUGGGGACCGAAUGCUGUUUAUCGUCCCUGUCGCACAAACAGACUUCAAGCAGCUUAUGAAGGUAGCUUCUGAAGAGGACAUUAUCAACUACAGUCUUCAUACCGCGCGGAGACUUUGGAACUGGGUUGACAGGACUUCGCGCAAGUUGGGCAGAAUCAUGAAGUACGAGGUCGUUUGUGACUUCUCCGGCUUCUCAUUCCGUACGAUGCCUCCCCGUGCGUAUGUCAAG